GUUCAUGAAGUCUGCUCAUUUGUCAAUUUAAGAGAUUGGGGGCCAUUUGAAAUAUAUUAUAUAAUUGGACUUAUUAGUUUGCAAGUAUACUGAUGGAAAAUUUAGACAUCUUUUAAAUACCUCGGAGAUAUUGUGCUCUGGUUAAGAGAGAAAAAUAUAAAUUAAUACCAGAACGUAACGUUCAUCGCCAAAUCUGCUGGAGAGCGCGUGGUGCUGCAAUUUUAAAUCUAUCGGGGAAAGAGUUCGGGUUUAGAGAGUGUCGUUUUUUUAAAUUCAUUAUUGAGGACGAUUCACGAAUAGUGCAAAGACAAUCUUUCAUUUAAAACCAACGUCAAUAAAUAUUUCUGAGCAAUUAUAUAUUGGCGUUACAUAGACUAUACUGAUAAAAAAAGAAAAGGGUGUGAAGAGCGUUUUCAACGAAUCGCUUAAAAAACAACGACAACGACAUUAAAUAAACGUUGAACCACCCGUCGUUGCUACGAUGGGUGAUUACUACGAAGAUGACCUUCGUCAAUCAAUCAGCAACCUGACGAUGCAAUAUCCACAUCUCUUAAACAUCAGCAUGCCAUUCGAUUACAAUUAUGAAAACGAAUGCCCAAAUUUAACACAGAGUCGGCAUGAGAGUAUACCAGGCUAUAAACUCUGUAUGCAUACUCUUCUGCCCAUUAUAUGUGUCUUUGGGAUUAUCGGAAUAAUUGUGACAAUUAUUGUGCUGAGUCACAAAAGCAUGUCCACAUCGACUAAUAAUUAUCUUAUAUCGCUUGCAGUGACCGACCUGCUGUUCUUGAUAGUUAUAGGUGUGCGAAUCUUCGAUACCCGGCUUGAUCGUUUUAUCCACCACUAUUACCUUGUGAUAAUGACAUACGGGAACAUCCUCUUAAACAUUGUCCUCUUGGCCUCUGUGUGGCUGACCGUCAUGCUAACCGUUGAACGAUACAUCGCUAUUUGUCAUCCACUGCGUGCAAUAACACUGUGUACCGUUGUACGUGCCAGGAUUAUCAUUAUAUCUAUCGUCUUGAUUGCAUCUCUGUAUCAUGUCGUGGACAUAUUUAGAUACGCCAUUCUGUUUCACCCCGACCCAUGUGUGGAAAAAGACGUGCCUGCGAUACAGUUCACACAUCUAGGACUAAAUCAAGAAUUUCGAAAAGUGAAAAGCUGGAUUGACUGUUUUCUUUUCGCAAUCGCCCCAAUUAUAUUGGUUCUUGUUCUCAACAUUUUACUGAUAUUAGAAAUCCACCGCUCAACUAAGUAUUUGCGGCACCACUUGGCGAACGACUCCAACGUACGGACUAUAAUUUCGUGUGAGGAAAAGAGAAUCACAUGGAUGCUCAUUAUAGUUGUGAUUGUGUCCGGUGUGUGCCAAGGACCAUAUAUUAUAUUAGGUAUUUUUAAGACUCUCUUUCCGGGCAUUAUUUUCCCAAACUUUAAUACAAUGACAUAUGUAACCGUGUUGUUUUUAGUGUUAAGGUCUUCUUUCAACUUCAUAAUAUACUGUUGGUUCAGCGAAACGUUUUGGAACACCUUCAAAAAGAUUGUCUGCGUAGCAAAGUGCAAGCUAGGCUGGUAUCCAAACAUAUGGAAUCAUAUUGAGCAUGUGCACAAUUAUAACAGCCGUCAGCUAUCUGUUAUCCAUACCAAAGAAACUACUACGUGUUAGAACAGAGAUUAUUUGUUUAAUUAUGUUUAAUAUUCGUAUAAGACAGUUCGGCACAACAUGUGACAUCAUUCUGGAUUACUUGGACCAACCUUUUUUUAAAGUCUAUGUAAAUAACCGAAUCUAGAAACGCAAUGUAUGAGGUGCCUCGUUAUACUAUAUAUAGCGAUUACUAAAAUCAGAUUUAAUUGCCAAUAAAAAGUCACAUGAAAUAUAAAAAAGCUGUUCAUACUUGCACAAUCAUUAACAUUACUUUUGUUUGUGUAAUUUACCAAUUUUACUUUUAUUAUGGUUGUGGUAAUGGUAUUAUAUAAUUAUAACAGAAGUUUAUUUAAUGAUGAACUAUAUUUUUUUUGUUACGUUCUGUUAAAUAUCUAUUUGAGUUUAAGAAUUUGCUGAGCAAAUUCGCUUUGAUACCGGUUAAAUAUGUAUUUGCUUUUAUUGCGCCAUUAUUAACAAGUAUGUACAAUGUUCAAGAACCAACUCAUUAAAAUAAAAUUAGUGUAUAGAUGUAUUUUGGCGAUGUUUUAAAUA